AAGCCUGGCCCAGGAGCCAGGAUGGGUCGAGAACAGGAUCUGAUUCUUGCCGUCAAAAACGGAGAUGUGACUGGAGUGCAGAAACUGGUGGCCAAGGUCAAGGCCACAAAGACCAAGCUCCUUGGCUCCACAAAGAGGCUCAAUGUCAACUACCAGGAUGCUGAUGGAUUCUCCGCUCUCCACCACGCUGCCUUGGGGGGCAGCUUGGAGCUCAUAGCCUUGUUGCUGGAGGCUCAGGCCACUGUGGACAUCAAGGACAGCAAUGGCAUGCGUCCGCUGCACUACGCAGCCUGGCAGGGCCGGCUGGAGCCCGUGCGGCUGCUGCUCCGGGCCUCUGCGGCCGUCAAUGCUGCAUCGCUGGAUGGGCAGAUCCCACUGCACCUGGCCGCACAGUAUGGACACUAUGAGGUGUCAGAAAUGCUCCUCCAACAUCAGUCCAACCCAUGCCUAGUGAACAAGGCCAAGAAGACACCCCUGGACCUGGCCUGUGAAUUUGGGCGGCUCAAGGUGGCCCAGCUGCUCCUGAACAGCCACUUAUGUGUGGCGCUGUUGGAGGGUGAGGCCAAGGACCCGUGCGACCCCAACUAUACCACACCUCUACACUUGGCUGCCAAGAAUGGCCACAGAGAAGUCAUCCGGCAGCUCUUGAGAGCUGGAAUUGAGAUCAACCGGCAGACCAAGACUGGGACAGCGCUCCAUGAGGCUGCACUGUACGGCAAGACCGAGGUGGUACGGCUGCUCCUGGAGGGAGGUGUGGACGUGAACAUCCGAAACACAUACAACCAGACUGCGCUGGACAUCGUGAAUCAGUUUACCACUUCCCAGGCCAGCCGGGAAAUCAAGCAGCUACUGCGGGAGGCCUCAGGGAUCCUGAAAGUCCGGGCGCUCAAGGAUUUCUGGAACCUCCACGACCCCACCGCUCUCAGUGUCCGGGCAGGGGACGUCAUCACGGUGAUUGAGCAGCAUCCUGAUGGCCGCUGGAAGGGCCAUAUCCACGAGAGCCAAAGGGGCACGGACCGCGUGGGCUACUUCCCCCCGGGCAUCGUUGAGGUGGUCAGCAAGCGAGCGGGCAUCCCCAUGCCCCGUCUCCCCCCUAUGCCUACCCCACUGCGCCCAGGCUUCUCCCGGAUGCCACAGCCCCCUGCUGAUGAGUCAUUGCACCCUCUUACCUACGGUCAGCUCCCUCGGGUGGGCCUCAGCCCAGACAGCCCAGCAGGUGACAGGAAUAGCGUGGGCAGUGAGGGCAGUGUGGGCAGCAUCCGUAGUGCUGGCAGCGGGCAGAGUUCUGAGGGCACCAACGGUCAUGGCACCGGACUCCUUAUUGAGAAUGCCCAGCCCCUGCCUUCUGCCGGGGAGGACCAGGUAUUGCCAGGACUACACAGCCCAUCCCUGGCAGACAACCUGAGCCACCGCCCACUGGCCAGCUACCACUCUGGGGAGAUCUUCACCCAGGAGGUGAGGCCGGAACAGCUGCUAGAGGGGAAGGAUGCGCAGGCCAUUCAUAACUGGCUAAGCGAGUUCCAACUGGAGGGCUACACUGCCCACUUUCUGCAGGCUGGCUACGACGUCCCAACCAUCAGUCGCAUGACGCCUGAGGAUCUGACAGCCAUCGGGGUGACCAAGCCUGGGCACAGGAAGAAGAUUGCCUCAGAGAUCGCUCAGCUCAGCAUCGCCGAGUGGCUGCCCAGCUACAUCCCGACGGACUUGCUGGAGUGGUUGUGUGCAUUGGGGCUGCCGCAGUACCACAAGCAGCUCGUGAGCAGUGGCUAUGACUCCAUGGGGCUUGUGGCCGAUCUCACCUGGGAGGAGCUACAGGAGAUCGGUGUCAACAAGCUAGGACAUCAGAAGAAGCUUAUGCUGGGUGUGAAGCGGCUGGCAGAGCUUCGGCGGGGCCUGCUGCAGGGGGAGGCCCUAGGUGAAGGCGGGCACCGGCUGGCCAGGGGUCCGGAACUCAUGGCCAUCGAGGGACUGGAGAACGGAGAGGGUCUGGCUAUGCCCGGCCCACGCCUUCUCACCUUUCAGGGCAGUGAGCUGAGCCCAGAGCUCCAAGCAGCCAUGGCAGGGAGUGGCCCUGAGCCACUCCCCCUUCCCCCUGCCCGAUCCCCCAGCCAGGAAAGCAUCGGAGCACGUUCACGGGGGUCCGGUCACUCACAGGAACAGCCUGCCCCCCAGCCUAGUGGUGGAGACCCCACCACCCCACAGGAGAGGAACCUUCCAGAGGGCACAGAGCGGCCCCCUAAUCUUUGCUCCCCACUUCCUGGUCAAGGACCUGCCCCUUAUGUUUUUAUGUACCCCCAGGCCUCGCCCUCCAGCCCAGCUCCAGGGCCACCUCCUGGUGCAACCCGGGCCUUCUCCUACUUGGCCAGCUCCCCAGCCACUCCUCCAGACCCACCUCGGCCCAAGCGCCGGUCUCAUAGUCUGAGCCGUCCUGGCCCUACUGAGGGGGAACCAGAGGGAGAGGUCGAAGGGCCAGUGGGCAGUGCUUUGGGCAGUUAUGCUACCCUUACCCGGCGACCAGGACGCAGCACCCUUGCCCGGACCAGUCCUAACCCAAUCCCAACUCGAGGGGCUCCCCGAAGCCAGUCCUUUGCUCUCCGGGCCCGUCGCAAGGGCCCUCCACCUCCACCCCCCAAGCGCCUCAGCUCUGUCUCUGGCCCGACGGAGCCACCUCCACUAGACAGGAGCCCAGGGCCCAAGGAGGCAUCCACAGGGCUCCGAAGGCGCACACUGAGUGAACCUGCUGGCCCUUCUGAAGCCCCUAGCCUGCCCAUCCCAGCUGGCCCUGCUUCAGACACAGAAGAAGAGGAGCCUGGCUCUGAGGGGACACCUCCUUCUCGGGGCAGCUCAGGGGAAGGGCUGCCAUUCGCAGAGGAGGGGAACCUGACUAUCAAGCAGAGGCCAAAGCCAGCUGGCCCCCCGCUCCGGGAAACACCUGUGCCUCCCGGCCUUGAUUUCAACCUCACAGAGUCAGACACUGUCAAGCGGAGGCCCAAAUGCAAGGAGAGAGAGCCACUUCAGACGGCCCUCCUGGCCUUUGGGGUGGCAAGUGCCACCCCUAGUCCCUCUGCCCCCCUGACCACCCAGGCCCCCAGUAAGUCCCCCUCAGCUUCCUCCAGCCGUCCACAGCCUGAGCCCAGCAGCCUGCCAACUCAAGGAGCUCCAGCCACUGCUCCCAGCCCGGGAACACAGACCUCUGGGCCCCCAGCAUCCUGCCCUACGCUGGGUCUAGAGAACUCAGCCAGCAGUCGGCAGAAUGCAGAGACAGAACCCCAGGCUUUUCCUGCUGCCCUCCUCAAGGUGCCUGGAGCAGGAACAGCCCCCAAGCCUGUGUCUGUGGCUUGCACCCAGCUGGCAUUUUCCGGGCCAAAGCUGGCUCCCCGGCUCAGCCCCCGUCCUGUCCCCCCACCAAGGCCUGACAACACUGGGGCUGCAGGUGCAGGCCGGGCCCAGCAGAGACUGGAGCAGACCAGCUCAUCCUUGGCAGCUGCACUGAGAGCCGCAGAGAAGAGCAUUGGCGCUGAAGAGCGAGAUGGCACCCCCGGGACCUCCACCAAGCACAUUCUGGAUGACAUCAGCACCAUGUUCGACGCUCUGGCUGACCAGCUGGAUGCCAUGCUGGAUUGAGCGAGACCCACCUAUGGCCCCUGGUGGUGCCACUGUGACCUGCAGUGACCACUGCCUUUGACCCACUGCAGAAGAGGCCCCUGCUACCCUCAGCACACAGUGGGCUGGUCUAGCUGGGACAUACACCCCAACCCCACAGCACCACUGGGCCAGCCCAGAGGCAGGGCCAAGGCAACUUGUCAGACCUGAUGAGCACAAGGGCCUCUGCUCUAUCUCAGCCGGCCCUCACUCAUGUGUAACUCACUGGGCAGGCCUGACCCCUGGCCAGGUACCUUCCUUAAAGCUUUCUCAAGGAGAGAAAGUGGCGG